AUGGAGCGCCGGGACUCGGGUGUGAUCCCGUCGCCCGCCUCCUCCUCCGGGCGCCUGCAGCGGCUCACUCAUGACGACGACGACGAGAUGACUGUGGAGAACAUGCCGGAUCCGAGCCCAAACCUCCAGGACUUUGGCCAGUACGAGCUGGACUGUUGCGAGCGCGUCGUCAUCAACAUCUCCGGUUUGCGCUUCGAGACCCAGCUGCGAACUUUCAACCAGUUUCCGGAUACGCUGCUGGGCGACCCCCGCAAAAGGAUGCGCUACUUUGACCCACUCCGGAAUGAGUACUUCUUCGACCGAAACAGACCCAGCUUCGACGCCAUCCUCUAUUACUACCAGUCCGGCGGGCGCAUACGGAGACCCGUCAACGUGCCGUUUGACAUCUUCUCCGAGGAAAUUCGCUUCUACCAGCUCGGCGAGGACGCCAUGGAAAGGUUCCGUGAGGAUGAAGGCUUCAUCGGGGAGGAGGAGCGCGUCCUGCCCAAGAACGACUUUCAGAAGCAGAUCUGGCUGCUCUUCGAGUACCCGGAGAGCUCCGGUCCGGCGCGGGGCAUCGCUAUCGUGUCCGUUCUCGUCAUCCUCAUCUCCAUCGUCAUUUUCUGCAUGGAAACUCUGCCGGAGUUCCGUGACGAGCGAGACCAAUCCGCGCAGCUCAGCCGCAACUCCAGCACGAGUAGCGACGCGCCGAGUCCCUUCACCGAUCCCUUUUUCGUCAUCGAGACCCUGUGCAUCAUCUGGUUCUCCUUCGAACUCCUCGUGCGCUUCUUCUCGUGCCCCAGCAAGACUUCCUUCUCCAGGAACAUCAUGAACGUCAUCGACGUGGUGGCCAUCAUUCCUUACUUUAUCACGCUGGGCACCGAGCUGGCCGAAACGGAGAACAACGGGGGCCAGCAGGCCAUGUCCCUCGCCAUCCUCCGCGUCAUCCGCCUGGUAAGGGUCUUCCGAAUUUUCAAACUCUCCAGGCACUCCAAGGGGCUCCAGAUCCUGGGGCAGACCCUUAAGGCCAGCAUGAGAGAGCUGGGCUUGCUCAUCUUCUUCCUCUUCAUCGGAGUCAUCCUCUUCUCCAGCGCCGUUUACUUCGCCGAGGCGGACGACCCCACGUCGAGCUUCAGUAGCAUUCCGGACGCCUUCUGGUGGGCGGUGGUCACCAUGACCACGGUGGGCUACGGCGACAUGCAUCCGGUGACCAUCGGUGGCAAGAUUGUGGGCUCGCUGUGCGCCAUCGCCGGCGUGCUGACCAUCGCGUUACCCGUGCCCGUCAUCGUGUCCAACUUCAACUACUUUUACCACCGCGAGACGGACGCCGACGAGCCGCCGCCGCCGCCGUCGCCGCCGUGCACCCAGACUGCCAGCUGCGAAAUCCUGCCCGGCGGCUCAGAGGGGUCGUGCGCCAUUUCCACCACCAUCGCAAAGGGAGACUACGUCGGCGUGGACGAGGGCGCAACACGGCCUCAUUUCAACAGCCACAAUUGCGUGAAUAUCACCAAGAUGUUUACCGACGUCUGAAGUGGAAAGACAGUGACUCUUUUUUUUCAACUGUGAUUUGUUAUUGUGUUUUUAUUGCUCAUAUCUAUGGACAGCAAAUGCCACUUUGUUAUUUAUUCAAUGCUGAACUAUCAUUCCGCACAGAAACGUGGGUGAGAUUUGGAAAGGAACCUAAAAUGCACUACAGCCUUUCCAGGUGGACUUAUUCUUAUUAUAAAACCGACAGUUGUGCAGAAAGCAGCCUACAGAAAUGCUCAAGCUUUCAACAAGUGCAUUGGAAAGUUCAAAGUAUCUAUCUACCAGCAUAAAGAUUCACCCUCAACUUUCACUCAAAAGCUGAAUUUUCUCAGCUUCACGUGAGCAGGUUGUUUCAAGAAUAGCAUUGUUCACCCUAAGCUACAGUUUAUAGUAUUUUUUUUUUUGCGAAAAUGAGUGGCUUGUUUAAUGUAGACUUAUAUAUGUCCCUCAUGGUGCCUACAUAUCAAGUGGUGUGUGCGUGUGUGUGCGGGGGGGGGGGUCAUUCAUAUGUACAUUCACAGGUCAUCUGAUUAGACACACCCUCACAGUCUAACAUGUUUUUCAACCAUUAUUGAACCAGGGCACCCAAUUUACGUAUAUUAGAAAAUCUGAUGGCACACCACCAAUCAAAUCUGCUGCAAAAACGAGACGUGUCUGAAAUAAUAAUAAUAAUAAUAAUACAAAAGCAAUAAUAUAAUAAUAAUGCUCUGCUCACGUUGACAACCUGAAAAUGGAGAUGAAGCAGGGAGGCAGUUUGCAGAACGAUACGGUCAUCUAGUGGCGUUCGAUGGCUAUUGCAAUAUUUAGUGUGAAAUUAAACGUGAAUGGUUGGACAUCAACGAAAAGAAAUGGCUACAUUUAUAAAGACAGAAUCUUGGUACUGGAUUAUAUUAACCAAAGUAUUUUUAACAUCGUGUUUUUUUAAUUAGACAACCCACACAUAAGUAAACUAUUGAAAUGAAAUGAAAUGUAGUUGACGGAGGAAACCCCGCACGCACCACAGGAUAAGCACUCAGGAUCAUUUUGACAGACAUCCAACUGAUUACAAGGUUGAGAAAAGCUCCAAUUUGUCUCGAUUAUCACUUUAUGUCUGUCCCAGCUUUAUAUAUUGAAUGGUGUCUACUAUAUACUAAAUCUAACUCAGCGAGUCAAGCUUGAAAUAUGGUAUUGUCAAGUGCGUAGAAUUGUUUCUAGAUUUGAAUUUGUGGAGAUUAUAAAUCAGGUAUGCAUUCAUGCAAUGUGGUGAUUUUAAUUUGAGUCCUUUUCUUAAUGAUUUCAAUUCACAGUUGCCUAUAUGUAGUCCAUUGUAAAUA